GGGGGGGGGUGUUAGAGUUGUUUGCAUGCAUGCAGGUUCCCUGCAACGGCGCUGGGGGGACGGGGAUUGGGCUAAUUAACGUAAGAGGGGAAAGAGAAGUAAUGAGUGGAUGAGUGGCAGAGACCCGCUGAGAGCACCUCCAGAGAGGCGGGAACGGCCGUCCAGUGGUUGCACAAUCCGCGAAACCGACGAUGAAUGGGCGCAGUGCGUGUUGUUGCUGCUGAGGAGGUCUCGUCGUCUUGAACGGCGACGGCGGGUGAUUGGUUGUGCUGCGAUUUUGCGGCGAGCUUGGACAACACUCCAAUCCCAGAGACAGCCCCGUCUUAGCCUGCAGCACCGCGCCCCAUGUGGGCUAGCAGCGAAAAGCAAAGUGGUCCAGAAAGCCAAAAGAGCCGGGAUGGCAUCGCCGCAAAAAGGAGACGGCCAAACGGUGGAGCCGUUUGACAUCGGUGCGCAGCAUCAGAAGAAACGCAUCCCACAUCACGCACAUCACGUACAUCAGCCCGCUGUGUGUGAGUCGUGCUGCUCCUAUGCGGUCCAUACCCGCCGUUGUGGAAACAGGGCUCGCAUGAUAUGAUGCUCUCUGGGAUGUUAUUCUGUCUGUCAGUUUAAACUGUGACAAGUGAUAAACAACCCUUAUGUCCCCCUGCGUAUAAAUUAUGCACUCUUCCACCUCGCGCCAUCAUUCUGAUAGCCGGCAGUAUAACGAAGCGGUGGAGGCAUUUCCAAUGUACUCG